UGAUGCGGAGGGAACGCCCCCGCGUUCGUGGGAUUGAGCUGAAGGAGGCCCGGGGACGCGCGCCGCCGUCGCGCACGUUCGUCAGCGCCGUCCAGCUCCCCGCCUCCUCGUCGUUUGGCGCUUUGCUGUUGCGGGAAACGGCUGCUUUCGCCGCUUCUCCGCGGCCAGCUGCCCUGGAGGGAUGUCGAGGAGCUCCCAGGCGGUGCUGGGCCUCUCUGUGGUGCUCACGGUGGGCACGGUUGUCGGGGUGCAUCUUCGGCAGAAGCAAGAGCAACAGAGGCUUCGAGACGGAGUGCUCAGAGAUAUAGAAAGGCAAAAUCGGAAAAAAGAAAAUGUUCGUCUUUUGGAAGAACAGAUUAUUUUGACUGAGCAUCUUGAAGCAGAGAGAAAGAAGAUAUUAUUGGCAAAGGGGUCUCAAAAAACAUGAGUUUUGAAGUGAAUGAAAUAUUC